AUGGCUAGCGAUCAUGAUCAACAUGCCAGCAAAUGGGGUGCCACAAAGAAGAAGCCGGUCGUUAUUUCUGGAUUCGAGUUCGUGUUAAUGGGAGCAGAUGGUGCUCUCGACAAGGCCGGUAUCAGCCAAAUAAGAGCACAUACUACACGAGAACUGCAUAGGACGAGACGACAAAAUGGCCAGGUAUUACUGCCGCGACGUCGUCGCAAUGGCGCUGGUAAUAUACUCUUUGGCUCUCAAUUUGAUCCUUUCCACUCUCUCCCACAGCUUCCGAUAGAAGAACGCGUACCCGGGAUACUGGACGAGAUUAAACAUAAUGGUAACCUUGGCCCUUUCCAACUCUACCCCUACGAUUCUUUCUUCAUAGUGUAUAACCAGAGAGGGAUGCAACAGAGCGUCUGGCCUGAAGGGGCUAAAAACAGCACGUUCUUCACGGCCAUGCUCCUCAUGUGUUCGGUCCAUCUCGACGGUCUGAGUUCGAAAUCGACGUCGCCCACCACUACUGCUUUAAAGUUGGAAGCCAUGCGACGCGUUCGAAUUCUUAUCCAGCAGCAUUCCCCACUUGCGAUCAUCAGCUGCAUCUCUGCCAUCGCUUGCCUUGCAACAUGCGCUUUAGUGCGUGGAGAGCUGGCAGGGGCAGAGGAAUACGUUACGCACCGGAACGCUUACGCAGUGCUCAUUAGAGAAGCAGUCAGGCUGCACAUGUUUGAAGAAUCGAGAUUUUGUAAGGAUGUUCUGAGGAUCAUCACGAUGAUUGCAAUAUCGAGAAGGUGCCGCAUACCAAUCCCUGGCCUCGCUACCCCAGCACACCCGCAAACUCUUCUCAAAGAAUAUGAACACGUGUUCGAAGACAGAUGGCAUUCACGGAUCCAGGCCGAUCCAGAGCUAUAUUCGCCCCUUUACGAUGGAAGGAUAGACCCUAGCGAAGACCCGUUCCCAUUUCUGAGGAGAGAUCAUCUUCGAUUACUAGUCCAGAUGAUGCAAUCGGUGGUCAAGAUCUGGACUCGGCGAGACCCCUGCUCAGCGCAGCAGCAACUGACCGCUGACACAUUGAUAUCGAUGUCUUUGUGCCAGCGCAUAUUGGCCAUGCCGUCCUCCACGAUACCGGAUCUACCAUGCUCCACCGAUUACGUCUACGAGGCCUGCAGACUGACCUCCGUCCUCCUAAUUCGAUCAGUUGAAAGCAACAGACAUUGGCGGUUUGUGGCUAAAGGCACGUCAAUACUUCAAGACAUCCGAGACGCACUCCACAAAACCGAUCUGGACAACCUGUGGGACAAGGAUAUUGGUCUACUUUACUACGUCGUGCUAGUCUUUCACAGCGCCACCUUUGGCACGCCACAUUACUUGUUCGGCCAUAUCCUCCAAACAAGGAUACAUUUUGCGGUGACGUACUCAUACGACGACUGGAUUGGCGCGAUCAAACCCAUGUUGACGCUCCACGAACUGAUGCCGACGAAGGAGGCCGCGUUGCCAGAACGAUCUGCAGGAUCGGGCUCUGUGGCCAGUUACACCGAGACUUUGGCCGACAUGCAAUCAAGUGCAGAGUCCAACCAGGUAAUACUUUCUUCCCCCUGA